ACAUGUGAUCGGUUGCAGCUCUUUAGUUCAAGGGGGUGUUUUAUUCAAUGUCUCAGGGUAAUUGAACAUUUUAGUGUGGUUAGUUUUGCACCUUCACACUAAACCAAGACAGAUUUUGUUUAACAGUAGUAACAAAGCAUAGUUUAAUCUACACAAGUAAAAGUGAAUAAUAUUUCCCUUUUUCAAUUUUAAACAACAAUGAAACGUCGCAUCGUGCUCUUUCGCUCCAUUUCACUAAUCUUGUGUGAACCCAAUAAUGACGUCAACGUUUACAGGUGAACGGGGUUAAAGUUCAAACGCUGCUUUGAAGGCAUGUGCUCCAGCCAGUGAAUAUUAGAAAAAUAUUUUGCAGCACACCUUUUUGUUCUUUAUAAGUCUUAAAAUUGUAACUUUGAAUUUGAGUAUCUUGCUGACUUUUUAACCAAGACAGCUGCAACAGUCUUUAGAACACAUUUCUGGGUCGGUUCAGACACUUUCUGGAUGUGAUUGACCCCCGGACACUCUUUGUAACAGAGGUCCUGGCUGUGUUGUGGUAAUUUUGCUCAUGGAAUCAUCGGUUCUCUGGCGCACUGGGUAAUGAAGCUGUUAGCUGGCUCAUUGGUGACAGUAAUAGCAGCAGUAUCUCCUGGGAUGUGACGAGGUGUGGACAAGUGGGGCAGCUGUGAGGGGCGAGGAGUGUGUUCGUUCUCUCACAGAUGCACGGGGGCACCCUGCUGGGCCGGGAGUAGCCUCGACUUGCCACUAAUGAUGAGUGAACUGGGAUGGACAACACACACACACACACACACACACACACACACACACACACACACACACACACACACACACACACACACACACACACACACACACACACACACACACAGUCUCCUAUGCACAAAGGGAAGGUGCCCUCCUAACAGUGUUGCACACAAAUGUAGAGAAAGGAAUACGCACUCCUACACUCCUACUGGCACCCAGAUGGCAGGCUCAUUAGAACUGGACCACAUGACCUUGUAUUUGCUCAGUAUUAGACAAUGAUCACACCACAGAAAGCUGUUCAUUACCUUUUUAAGGAACCCAUUUGUGAACUCAAAAUCAGCAUGACAGGUUUAAUGAAACAUAGUAAUUUCACAUUAACCCAAGUAGCUUCCGUAUUGAUUUCAAAACUGACCUAAACCAGGCCAGUGAUUUUGAUCUUGUUUCAAUGCAGAGACAACUGCAGGAGUGCAUCGAUCUGCUCAACCUCUUUAAACAGGGAACGCUGCCUCCAGGAGUGACACAUGCCCAGCUUUGGCAAGCUCAGAAAAUAAAGCAGGCCAUCGUCCACCCUGACACCGGGGAGAGGAUUCCUAUGCCCUUUCGUAUGUCAGGUUUUAUUCCCUUUGGAACUCCAGUGGUUGUUGGCCUCCUUCUCCCAAAUCAGACUUUGCUCUCAACCAUCUUCUGGCAGUGGUUAAACCAGAGCCACAACGCCUGUGUUAAUUACUGCAACCGCAACGCAUCUCAGCCAGCUCCAGUUUCCAAAUUCAUCCAGGGAUACCUGGGAGCAGUGACCAGUGCAGUCUCCAUUGCUGUUGGGUUGAAUGUGUUGCUCCAGAAAGCGCGUCGUUUCAGGCCAACCACCAGGCUCUUGGUUCAGAGGUUCAUUCCUUUUCCAGCUGUUGCGAGUGCAAAUGUCUGCAAUGUGGUGCUCAUGAGACACUCUGAACUGUCGGAGGGCAUCAGUGUGCUUGAUAACCAAGGGGACGUGGUGGGGACAUCCAGAAUAGCAGCCAGGCAUGCACUUUUAGAGACCGCUCUAACCAGAGUGGUUCUGCCUAUGCCCAUCCUGGUGCUCCCUCCCAUGAUAAUGGCUGUUCUGGAAAACAGGCUCCCUCUCCUCCAGAGACGGCGGUGGCUUGUCCUGCCUGUCCACAGUCUGGUGUGUCUCGCUGCCUUCAGCCUGGCUCUGCCUCUCGCCAUCAGUCUCUUCCCACAGAUGUCCAAGAUCAGUGUCACUGACCUGGAGCCUGAGAUCGCCAUGGCAACAAAUUGUAAAAUUGUUACAUACAAUAAAGGCUUGUGAGUGAUCUCACCUGCUCAACACCUGAAGAUGGAAGAGUCUGCUUAUAAUGGUUGAGCGAAUGCAUUAUGAUAAAUUUAUCAACAUUAUUAGGUGCUUAUGAUACUUUUACCAGACCAGGAGUUUUUUUUUAAAUAAGUAAAUAAAGGUCAAGAUGAACAGUGAGUUUUUCCUUCUGUUAGAAUUAGCUCCUCUUUUUCUCCCCCAAAUACGGCUCAUAGCAGAUUUGGUAUUAUUUACACUCUGAUGUACAUUGUGAAACAAUAUAAACCUUCAAAUACAACUUCUGGCUAUUUGUUAAAUGUAUUAGUGGUUUGGAAAUUCACUGUAUUUGCUUUGGCUAAAAAUCACAAGGAUAUUAAGUAAGAUUUUUACUGUGUAAAUAUUUUACUGCUAUUAAGAUGCUGCUCGGCCCAUGUUGUGUGUGUGUGCUAGCACCCACUUUAUAUAAACCCGACAUCUUCAAGUG